CCUUGCAAGCUGUUUUUUGUCAGCUGGUGGCUGCGACUCACAGCUACGUCAACUAUCUAGCAAGACAACAACAAGUUAACUUGGGCCAUUAAUGAACAACAGCGAGCUUUAAAAAUGAGUGAACAGAGGGCUCGACUUCCACGGCACGAAUUUAAAGAACUUUAACUAAGAGUCAGCCUUAACCGCGUCAUCCAGCGUUGGCAAGCCUCAUGAAAAAGAGAGUUGUAUUGUCCUAGCUUGCUAGCUAACGUUAGCUAUUUGUCUUGUGAGUUACCGACAUGGCUACUAGAGAGAUGUCUUUACGGCAGACAUACCGUCACCCACCGGCGAGCAUAAAGCAGGAGCAGGAUGACGACUCGGACGUGGAGGAAACUCACCUGGGGCUGAGGAGGUCAGACGGGCUGGAGUCUCAGAUCAUCCACAGCGGACACUUUAUGGUGUCCUCGCCCCAUUGCGAGCACCCUCCGAAGAAAGGCUACGACUUCGAUACUGUCAACAAGCAGACCUGUCAGACCUAUCAUUUUGGCAAGGCGAGCAUGUCGCACCUCUCCAUAGACGCUUCCCUCACCAAACUCUUUGAGUGCAUGACUCUUGCGUACAGUGGUAAGUUGGUAUCUCCCAAAUGGAAGAACUUCAAAGGUCUAAAACUGCUUUGGAGGGACAAGAUCCGCCUCAACAACGCCAUAUGGAGAGCCUGGUAUAUGCAGUAUGUGGAGAAAAGGGAAAAUCCUGUUUGCCACUUUGCAACUCCUCUCGAUGGAAGUAUGGACUUGGAUGUCCAACGUCCUGCAGAGGGUAGUACCACAGAGGGGAAAUGCUGGAAAAGAAGAAUUGAAAUCGUCAUAAGAGAAUAUCACAAGUGGAGAACAUACUUUAAAAAAAGGUUGCAGAAGCACAAGGAUGACGACCUCUCGAGCUUGCUUAAGGGACCAGAGGAGCAGUUAUCGCUGUUUGGGGAAGUCUCUCCAGACAUGCUCCGUGUCUCCUUUUACCAGGAUGAAGAGGCCGCUGCACGCCGUGUGCCUCGUAGGCUUAAUGAAACCCCUGCCCCUAUGGAGAUGGACCCCCUGUUUGACAUGGAUGUUCUGAUGUCUGAGUUUUCAGACACGUUGUUCUCUACGUUGGCCUCGCACCAGCACAUAGCCUGGCCUAAUCCAAGGGAGAUUGCUCAUGCAGGGAACGCAGACAUGAUCCAACCAGGACUCAUUCCUUUACAACCCAACCUAGACUUCAUGGACUCCUUUGAUCCACUGCAAGACUUAUUUCACAGCCUCCGUCCGCCCGUCUUCCACUCUGUUUUAUCCACUGCAUCAUCUGUCACCUCUCUACCCAGCAGCAGCUCUCAGUCACAGGCCCAGUUAAUGUCCUCCAUGCUCACAAGCAACCACAUCUCCCCUCCUGGGCCCCUGCCCACCCCCUCUCCCAUGGCCAGUCAAACCAGCCGAACAGGUGGCGGCGGCGGCGGCGGCGGCAGCGGUGGUGGUGGUGGUGGUGGUGGUAACAGUAAUGCUGCCUAUGUACAAAACUACAUGCCUCUGUUUCCUGGGCAGGUGGCGCCCAGUGAUCAAGCAGUCGUUUCCUCAGUCUCUCAGUCAUUAUCCCAUGAUCCUCUGGCACAGUGCCUUCCAGGUCAGGACAUGGCCUCAGCAGCACCCAUGGUUCCACUACCCUUGGACAACACCUCAGUGCUGGAUGAGACAGCAGCACAGUCUGUGAUUACACACACAGCCUCCUCUACUGUCACACCCAGCGAUGCAGCAACCACCUUCAGCCACGCCUCAGAAUAUAGCUCCAUAUCCACACAACCUCCAGCUUCUCCUUCCCAACUCCAGCCCUUGGCUCCAUUACCUGCCACUCCUGUCCAGCACCCUCAGACUUUUGCCCUGCCUCGCCCCUUUCUGUCACCUGGUUCAAACAAAAAACGCCUCAUCCUCACAGCCCCUUUCCCAGGUCAUGCCAAUGCGGUCAUUGUUACACCAACACCUCUAAAAGCAGAUGUGGUCCAUAAUACUGGAGUGGUCAUCACUCCUUCUCAACUUGGAGGGGCUCCUGGAUUUCACGUUUUGUCUAAGACAAAGAAGUCUCCCCAGCCUAUUCUCCCCAAAGGAAAGUCUUAUUCUUCCAGCCGCAGGAAUCAGAAAGCCUCCUCUAGUGUCGGUCACAGUCAGCCGGGAUCAAGUCAAGGAUCACCAUGUGGGUUAGAUCAAGUUCCUAGUCCCCAGUCACUGAUCAGCAGCAGCAGUACACCUCUGGUAAAGAAUGAACAAAAUCAGAGCCGGAGGACAACACACAUAUCUGCUGAGCAAAAGAGACGAUCAAACAUAAACAUUGGCUUUAAAACACUCUGCAACUUGGUUCCCACUCUAAAGUCACAAAUAAAUAUCAGUAAUGCAGUCACAUUGCAGAAGACAGUGGAUCACAUUGGGAAGCUCCAACAGGAGAGGCAGCAGAUGCAGGAAGAGGCCAAGAGACUACGUGAGGAGAUAGAAGAGCUCAACACCUCCAUUAACUCGUGUCAGGAACAGCUUCCUGCGACAGGGGUGCCCAUCAGGCGGCAUCGGGUCAACCACAUGCAAGAGAAGUUCAAUGAAUAUGUAAAGGACCGCACUCUUCAGAACUGGAAGUUCUGGAUUUUCAGCAUCAUUAUCAAGCCUCUCUUUGAGUCAUUCAAUGGGAUGGUGUCAACUACAAGCAGGGCAGAGCUGUGUCAGACCACCCUGCAAUGGCUCGAGCGUCACUGCUCCCUUCCAGUCCUCAGACCCAUGGUGCUGAGUACCCUUCGCCAGCUGAGCACAACCACGUCCAUACUUAGUAAUCCAUCCCUGCUACCUGAAGAAGCCCUCCAGGCCGUCACAAACACAGACACACAGCCUUGCUCUCAGAGGAGGUGAGGUGACCCAAGAGCCACAUGAACCUUUUAACAGCAAUCAUUAAAAUGACAUAUCUCUAGAUUACCUUAUAGCCAUUCAGCAAGGUCACCAGGGUCUUCCACAGACUUCCCUGAAAAAUAAAUGACAUGAUACUUGCAAGUUA